AUGUCAUCCAGCCGAAAGGUCAGAAUCAAGAAGUUGAACCCAAAGACCGCUCUGCCGGUUCUUAUCGAGGGUCAAAUCGACGAUACUGAGUAUGAAGCCCUCACCACCGACCUGGGCCAUACCACUCAUGGCGUCGACUCAGCAGAGCAAAAUGAAUACCAUUUGCAGGCCGCUUUAUCAAAGGUGGGCGCCGCAAAGGAGGACAAUGAGAUCCCUGUGCCACCGCCGCAGAAGAGUGAAGUCGAUUUCGACGAUCUCUACCCGCGGCCGUACAUAGAGCCUCGCAACUACAUCAAGUUCUCCGAGACGGUAGAGGAGACCUUGGGGUGCCUCUAUGACAUGACCACUGAGGACGAUGAGUACCUGAAGACUUACAAUGCAAAGCGGCCCGCCAAGGACCAGCUUUCCGAAGAUGACUUUGAGAGGAUCAUGGACAUCUUUGAGCACACUGCUUCCGAGCAGGCCCCCUUUGCUGCUGUUGACAACACAAUUGUCUCGUACGAGGUCAUGGCGCAGCACAUGGUGCACUCCACCGUCAACAAGAUGCAAAACCAUGCCAAGGUGGUGUAUGAGUACUGGAAGUCCCAGCGCCAAGCCCAGGGUAACCAGACUCUUCACCCCACCCUCAAGUUCGAGACGCACACCGAGCAGGAUGAGAUGGACCCGUACGUCUGCUUCCGAAGACGUGAAGUAAGGCAGACGAGGAAGACCCGACAGCGGGAUGUGCAGAUCGCCGACAAGCUGAAGAAACUGAGAAAGGAGCUCGAAGAUGGCCGGCUGCUCGUAGUCAUGUCGCAGCAGCGUGAGGUACUCAAGCGCGAGCUUCUCAACGUGGAGCGGACAAUCUUCGAGCACCGCGCCAAGCUCAAGGAGAGGAAGAUCCGUCUUGGUAUCAAGACGGAGGAUGAGGACAUGUUAAUAAACACCAAACCCCAGAAGCGAAAGAUCCAGGAGGUACAGGCUCCUGUGCGUGCCGGCCAGAACACACAGCUUCGGCUGGCCGUUCGUGUCGACGGGAAGCCUGUGGAGCAAGAACUCCCUCUGCUUUCCGAGAAGAUCGAUGAGAAGUGGGAAGAACUACGGCGUGAUGUCGAGCAUAAACACCAGACACACAACCUGUGGAACCAGAACCACAUCGAUCUCACAGAUAAACCGCUGCCGCCUGUCAGGCAGGAACAGGAGCAGAGCUUUAGGCUGGCCAAGCCCACCUUCCUGCCAACUCCGCCAACUAGUGCGUCGGAGGAUAUGGAGUUGGACGAGGAACCUGCGGCUGGCGCUGAAGUAUCCAUGGCGUCGGCCUCUGCGCUCUCGAGGUACAACACCGGGCACCUAUCUCCAGAUGAGGAUUGUGCCUUUAGCUUCCGCCGUCGUCACGGUCGGGAUGGCCGUCUCUGGGUGGACCGUAGAAAGAUCGACCGGAACGGCCGAGAUCGUAUGGCUCGCUUGGCUAGUCCUCCAAGCGACAUGGAUGAGGAUGAAGCCCGUCGAUUUGAUCGAACGAAGUACGACCAGGACGACAGUGAUGACGAACAGCCAGUCUAUCAUAUCGACCCCAAUGACAUGCGCGCCUUGAAGUAUCGAGCCUCGAUACACCCACCCCCGCCUAUUCAACGGGGGUACGGGAUGAGACAGUUGCCUGAGGGAGCCGGGUCGGCACCAGGCGGCCCUGCCAAUAGACAGGGCCUCCCGCAGCCGCCGCCAGCUUCUCAAACCCCAGCCCAAACCCAAGCACAGGCUCGACCACAACAGCAACCACAGCCUUCAUCAUAG